ACCACCUCUAGUAAGAACGUGUGUUUUUGUUGCGCUGCAACUUGUUUAAUUUUAAUUUUUAAGCUUAAACAAUUAUGUCGGCGCAAUACCAGAGAUUCCUGAAAGUUCUUGAAAAGUGGCCAGCGGAGAAAUCAAAAGUCGGCAGCGAGGAGUGGAGAGCAGAACCGGCGAUCAAGAUGAGCGAGGCCAAGAUUAUAUCGGGCACGGCGGUGGCCAAAUCCAUUCGCGAGGAGCUGCGCAACGAGGUGGCGGCUAUGACCAAGCAAUCGCCAGACUUUGCGCCCGGCUUGAGGAUCGUCCAGGUGGGCGGACGUGAGGACUCCAACGUCUACAUCCGAAUGAAGAUUAAGGCGGCUACAGAGAUUGGCAUCGAUGCCGCCCACGUCCAGCUGCCCCGAUCCAUCACCGAAUUGGAACUACUCGAUAAGAUUAACGACCUGAACGAAGAUCCCCGCGUACAUGGAAUCAUAGUGCAAAUGCCCUUGGACUGCGACACUAAAAUCGACUCACAUCGCAUUACGGACGCCGUUUCUCCCGAAAAGGAUGUUGAUGGCCUGCACACGGUAAACGAAGGCCGACUUGCCAUCGGCGAUCUGGGAGGAUUCCUGCCCUGCACACCUUGGGGAUGUCUAGAGCUUAUCCGCCGUUCAGGUGUAGAGAUUGCAGGAGCUAGGGCUGUUGUCCUGGGUCGCAGCAAAAUCGUGGGCACUCCAGCCGCUGAGCUGCUCAAGUGGGCUAAUGCUACGGUCACUGUGUGCCACUCAAAGACUCGCAACCUGGAGGAGAUCACUCGAAGUGCCGAUAUCUUGGUUGUAGGAAUCGGAGUGGCUGAGAUGGUUAAGGGCUCGUGGAUAAAGCCUGGAGCCGUGGUCAUCGAUUGCGGAAUCAAUGUGAAGCCAGACGCCAGCAAAGCCAGUGGCAGUAGGCUGGUGGGCGACGUGGAUUACCAAGAGGCUCUUCAGGUGGCCGGACAUCUUACUCCUGUGCCUGGUGGUGUUGGACCCAUGACGGUGGCCAUGCUGAUGAAGAACACCGUACGAUCGGCGGCCCGAUCCCUGGAGCGCUUGCUCAGAAGCCAGUGGGAUCUGCAACCGCUGCCCCUUAAGCCUCUGCGUCCCGUGCCUAGCGAUAUUGUUAUUGCCCGCGCCCAAAAACCAAAGGACAUUGCCCUGCUAGCAAAGGAGAUUGGACUGGAGGCGCGGGAGGUUUCCCUGUACGGCAACAAGAAGGCUAAGAUCUCACUGUCAGUUCUGGAGCGUCUGGCUGAUAAGGAGGCGGGUAACUAUGUGGUGGUUGCCGGUAUGACACCCACUCCAUUGGGCGAGGGUAAGACCACCACGCUGAUGGGCUUGGUCCAGGCUCUGGGAGCUCACAAGGAAAGGAACACCAUGGCUGCUCUCAGACAACCCUCUCAGGGUCCAACCUUUGGCAUCAAAGGAGGAGCAGCUGGCGGUGGUUACGCACAGGUGAUUCCCAUGGAGGAGUUCAAUCUUCAUCUGACAGGAGACAUUCAUGCGGUGUCUGCAGCCAAUAACUUGCUGGCCGCCCAGCUGGACACCCGCAUCUUCCACGAGAACACCCAAAAGGACAAGGCAUUGUACGAUAGAUUGGUGCCCAAGGUCAAGGGUCAGCGAAAAUUCAGCCCUAUCCAACUGCGCCGUCUCCAGAAACUGGGUAUUACCAAGACCGAUCCCGAUACUCUGACCGAAGAGGAGUAUGGCUCAUUCGCCCGGCUGGAAAUCGAUCCGGAGACCAUCAUGUGGGAGCGUGUGGUGGACAUCAACGAUCGGUAUCUGAGAACCAUUACCGUUGGACGAUCGCCUACUGAAAAGGGUAUUUCGAGAGAGACUAGAUUCUCCAUUUCAGUGGCCAGUGAGAUUAUGGCUGUGCUGGCUCUAGCUCGAUGCCUGGAGGACAUGAAGCAGCGGCUGGCCGACAUGGUGGUGGCUUUUGACAAAAAGGGCAAGCCGGUGACCGCUGACGAUCUGGGUGUUACUGGCGCCCUAGCCGUUCUUCUCAAGGAUGCUCUCGAGCCCAACCUGAUGCAGUCCCUCGAGGGAACUCCAGUGCUAGUGCACGCUGGUCCCUUUGCCAACAUUGCCCACGGUUGCAACUCCAUUAUUGCCGAUGAAAUUGGCCUGAAGCUGGUGGGCAAGGAUGGAUUCGUCUGCACAGAGGCUGGAUUCGGUUCAGAUAUUGGCAUGGAGAAGUUCUGCAACAUCAAGUGCCGCACAUCCGGACGCAAACCGAAUGCCAUGGUUCUGGUGGCCACAGUGAGGGCCAUCAAGAUGCAUGGAGGCGGAGCACCUGUCACACCAGGAGCCCCCUUGAACAAGCAAUACACCGAGGAGAACUUGGAGCUCGUCGAGAAGGGUCUACCCAAUCUGCUGCAGCACAUUGCCAACGGCAAAGCCUUCGGCAUGCCCGUGGUGGUGAGUUUGAAUGCCCAUUCGGCGGACACUCCAGCGGAACACGAGCUGAUCAAGAAGGCGGCUCUGGAGGCAGGUGCAUUCGCCGCUGUAGUAGCCACCCACUGGGCUGAUGGAGGAGCCGGAGCUGUAGAGUUGGCUGAUGCUGUUAUCAAGGCCUGCGAACAGGGAAAUCAGUUCCGACUGCUUUACGAUCUGGAGCUGCCGCUGUUGGAAAAGAUGAACAAGAUCGCCACGACCAUGUACGGUGCUGGAAAGGUGGUGCUCUCGCCUGCAGCCGAGGAGAAAGUCAAGCGGCUGACGGAAGCUGGCUUUGGCAACCUUCCUAUCUGCAUGUCCAAGGUUUCCGGCUCGUUCACGGGCGAUGCCAAGAUCAAGGGCGCCCCCAAAGGUUUCACCUUGGACGUGGAGGACGUAUACGUUUCAGCCGGAGCCGGCUUCGUUGUGGCCAUGUGCGGUGAGGUCACCAAAAUGCCGGGUCUUCCCACCCGUCCUGCUAUAUACGAUAUCGACCUGAACACGGAAACGGGACAAAUCGAAGGUCUUUUUUAAGCUGAACACUGAACAAAGGAAAUCAGGAAAAGAUUCCCGCUAAUUCCAAAAGCAUUGACCGAUUGUUCUAAUUUAACUUGUAUAUAAAAUGAUUUAGAAAUAAGUUUUAACAUUUUGUAAAAAUAAUAAAUAUUUUUGACGUUGUGUGGUAACAUUCA